AUGUCGCUCCGUUUCGCCCCCGUUGCCCGCGCUGUAUGCGCAAGGAGGUCCGCUAGCCUCGUCCAUGCCCGAGGCCAGGUCAUGAAGCGGAGGUUCGCGACCGGUGGUGGACCCGAGCUGCAGCCCCCUUCGCAGCCCCCAGGAGCAUCAUCCGUCCCCUACCUCCUUGGUGGUGUCGGUAUCGCUGCCCUCGGAGCCGCUUACCUCUUCUUCGGCACCGACGGGUCCGCCCAAGAUACCGCCAAGGAGAUUGGAACUGCCGCCAAGGGCGCUGUCCAGGCCGUGGAGCAGAAGACUGGUAUCGCCAAGAGCCAGGCCGAUUACCAGAAGGUGUAUGAUGCUAUCGCCGAGUCGCUUGAGGUCGAGGGCUACGAUGAUGGCUCGGUCGCUCCCGUCCUCGUCCGUCUCGCGUGGCACUGCUCCGGUACCUACGACGACAAGGACAAGACUGGUGGAUCCAACUACGCCACCAUGCGCUUCAAGCCUGAAUCUGCACACGGCGCGAACAACGGCUUGAACUACGCCCGGGAUCACAUGGAGAAGAUCAAGGCCAAGUUCCCAUGGAUCUCGUAUGGUGACCUCUGGACCCUCGGCGGUGUUGUUGCCGUACAGGAGUCGGGCGGACCUACCAUCCCUUGGAGGGCUGGCCGAAUCGACGGGUUUGAGCACCACGUCACUCCCGACGGUCGUCUCCCGGAUGCCGCUCAGGCCGAGGACCACCUGAGGUUCAUCUUCAACCGCAUGGGCUUCAACGACCAGGAGAUCGUCGCUCUUUCCGGCGCACACGCUCUCGGCCGAUGCCACACUGACCGGUCCGGCUUUGAGGGACCAUGGUCGUUCUCCCCUACCACCUUCUCUAACGCUUAUUUCGACCUCCUGCUAAAUGAGGGCUGGAAAUGGCGCAAGUGGAACGGACCUGCGCAGUACGAGGACAAGAAGACCAAAUCGUUGAUGAUGCUGCCCACCGACAUGGCUCUGAUCAAGGACAGGAGCUUCCGCAAGUACGCCGAGAAGUACGCCAAGGACGAGGGGGUCUUCUUCAAGGACUUCUCCGACGCGUACAGUAAGCUCCUCGAGCUCGGUGUGCCCAAGGCGCAGUUCCCAUCGCAGUCGUGGCACAUGGGCGGUGAGGCCAAGUAG